AUGAAAAAUCUUAUCUUCAAAUCGAUUGCCAAGUUCUCACAGGCCAAAAAUAGUUAAUACUUUGUACAAUUAGAAAACUAAUAUGGAUGUCACAAUUAUCAUCCUUUGCCUGUUGUAAUUUCCAAAGGAAAAGGAAUAUAUGUUUGGGAUCAAGAAGGAAAGAAGUAUAUGGACUUUUUAGCAGCAUAUUCAGCAGUUAAUUAAGGUCACUGUCAUGAGAAGAUCUAUUAAGAAUUAAUCCAAUAAGCCUCUCAAUUGACUUUAACUUCAAGAGCGUAAGAUAAAAUAUGAUAUUAGAUUUUAUAACAAUAAACUAGGAGAGGCUGAGAAGUACAUAACCUAAUUAUUCAAAUACGACAAGGUGUUAUUUAUGAAUUCAGGAGUGGAGGCAGGAGAAUCGGCAAUUAAAUUUGCCAGAAGAUGGGCAUACAAUGUAAAAAAGGUUCCUGAAAAUUAAGCAAGAGUUCUUUUUGCAAAUGGCAAUUUCUGGGGUAGAACUAUAGCAGCAUGCGGUAGUAGUGAUGAUCCCGAAAGAUAUAAUAAAUUCGGACCAUUCGGUGGUUUGAACUUUGAUCUCGUCGAUUACAACAAGUAAUCAAAAUUGCAUAUUCUAUAUAGUGUUGAAGCAAUUGAAUCUAAGUUUAAAGCUAAUCCAAAUUAUGCUGCCAUUUUCUUUGAAGCCAUCCAAGGGGAAAAUGGUGUAAUAAUUCCAGAUUCAAAUUACUUGAAAUAAGUAAGAUCAUUAUGCGAUAAAUACAAUGUUUUGAUGAUUGUCGAUGAAAUCUAAACAGGUUUAGGCAGAACUGGCAAAAUGUUAGCUGUAGAACAUGUAUCUAAUAUUGAAUUAUACAAUAGGAAAAUGUCAGGCCCGAUAUGGUGUUGUUGGGCAAAGCAUUAUCAGGAGGAUUCUAUCCAAUAUCUGCAGUUUUGGCUGAUGAUUAGAUUAUGUUGCAAAUUAAGCCAGGCGAACACGGAUCCACUUAUGGUGGCAAUCCUUUGGCAGCUAGUCUAUGCAUUAAAGCCUUAGAGGUUUUGCAAGAAGAAAAAAUGAUUGAAAAUGCCAACAAUCUAGGCAAAGUGAUGGAGAAAAGAUUAGGUGCAUUGAAGAAAUUCAAUAAUGUCACUCAAAUUAGAAGCAGGGGAUUAAUGGGAGCCAUUCAAUUCUAAGAGGGAAAAGGGGAUGUUGCUUGGGAUUUCUGCCUUAGAUUGGCAAAAGAAGGACUUCUUUGCAAACCCACUCACAAGACCAUAAUGAGGUACUUAACUUAUAUAAUCUCUUAGAUUAACUCCACCUUUAAUCAUUAAUGAAUAAGAACUUAAUUCUGCUUUCGAUACAAUAGAAAAAGUCUUAAAGACAUUAUGAGUGAUGAG